UGAAGGACGACCCAGAAGGCAGACUUCUCACUGAGGAGCCAGGGCGUCACUCCAGGGGUUGAGAACGGGAACGGGAAUGGGAAGUAUCCCGAGCAGCGUGAAAAUCCAGCUGCUGGACAGGCUGAGAGGAAGAGCCAAUCACAGGACAGUGGCGAAUCUGGUGGGGAAUGGCGUUGGGCCUACGUGUUCUCAAACCCUUACGGCAACGUUAGCACCAAGCACACUGUGCACGAGAGGGGAGUUUGUUUACCGCGAGGAAAUAAACAUCAUUUUCUUUUAUUAGUUUGUUUUAUUUUAAAUGGCUGCUGCUUCCUGUGGAAAGGAAGGAGGGCACAGAACAACCGCACCACCUUCACCAUCAACACCAACAAGGAAAAACUUCAGCUCUGAUUUUUUCCUGGCAACAAAGCUGCAGGCAAAUAGUGCGAGCUCCAUGGCUCUGACUGAGGCUUCUAUCAAUGUUCUUCCCCUAAAUAGUGGUGGACUUCCUCAAAGCAUGAGUGAUCCAACACCAAGCACGCCUGCCAGCUCUGUCGCCGAGUCUCCACCGGAUAUCGGUGAGAACACUGAGCAGAACGCGAGAACAGCGUCUAAAACGGAUCCACCUAGCCCAACCUGUGUCAAACAGAACUGUUCUAUCCAACCUUCAUCAUCCUCCUCAGCGUUCUCGUCACGGUUCAAGUCUCCGAUGUUACCCUGCACUCUUCCGCAUCAUCCUUCUGCCUGCUGCCCAUUUCAAGAGCCGGAAUGCUGUAACGGGAACCAGCAGGAAGGCAGUCUCUUCCAGGGCUCACUCCAUGCACAGAGGGCUCUUCACAUGGGCCCAUGUUGUGUCCAGGGGACACCUAGCUUCUGCAUGCAGCACCGGUGGCAGGAGCGUUUCCAGAACCAACCAAACAUGGCCACAUUCAGCCCUGCGCGACCAUUCCGGUUCCCCAAAAGUUAUGCCGAGCUCAUUGCUGACUGGCCUGUGGUGGUCCUUGGUGUAUGCACCAUACUCAUUGUUGUCUGCACGUUAGUAGGUGUCCUUGUGCCAGACUUGCCCGACUUCUCAGAUCCAUUAUUGGGCUUCGAACCAAGGGGCACUGCAAUAGGUCAGAGGCUUGUCACAUGGAACAAUAUGGUGAAAAACACAGGCUACAAAGCCACCUUGGCCAACUACCCCUUCAAAUAUGCAGAUGAGCAGGCCAAAAGUCAUCAAGAAGAGAGGUGGUCAGAGGAUCACUCUGAAAGAGAUAAAAGACAAGCAGAAUGGGACUUCAGUAAAGACAGUUUCUUCUGUGAUGUUCCAGGUGACAGCUACUCUAGAAUUGUGUUUACCUCUGCUGAAGGGAAGAAUUUGUGGAAUGUACAUGCUAUAAAAUCCAUGUGCAAUUUCGACAAUACGAGGGUUCGUUCCCACCCACAGUACUGGAGUUUGUGUCAGCGCGCCACAUCUGCCUCUUGUUGUCCUAGCUGGACCCUUGGAAACUACAUAGCUGUGCUCACCAACAGGUCAUCCUGCCAAAAAAUCACAGAAAGGGAUGUUUCACUUACCUUAAAGGUCUUGCGCUCCUGUGCCAAGUUCUACUACAACGGAACGUUAGGUCCGGAGUGUUGGGAUGCAAACACCCGCAGGAAAGACCAGUUCAAGUGUGCGAGUGUGCCAAGGAAAUGCACAAAAUACAAUGCUGUAUAUCAGAUCUUACAUUUUUUAGUGGACAAGGAUUUCCUUAACCCAAAGAACAUUGAAUUUCAUCCCCCUGAACUAAAAUACAGCAUGUUGUUUUCUCCCACAGAGAAAGGGGAAAGUAUGAUGAACAUUUACCUGGACAACUUUGAGAACUGGAACUCCACAGAUGGUAUCACCACCAUCACUGGCAUAGAGUUUGGCAUCAAACAUAAUUUGUUCCAGGACUACCUUCUUACAGAUACUGUGUAUCCUGCAAUAGCAAUUGUGAUAGUCCUCAUAGUUAUGUGUGUAUACACAAAGUCUAUUUUUAUCACCAUCAUGACCAUGUUUGCCAUCAUCAGCUCCUUAAUCAUCUCCUAUGUACUUUAUCGGGUUGUCUUCAACUUUGAAUUCUUUCCCUUUAUGAACCUUACAGCGUUAAUUAUCCUUGUUGGAAUUGGCGCAGACGAUGCAUUCGUGUUAUGCGAUGUCUGGAACUACACAAAAAUUGACAAGCCAAACUCCGAGCUCUCGGAAACUGUAAGUGUCACACUUCAGCAUGCUGCUCUUUCGAUGUUCGUCACCAGCUUUACUACAGCCGCUGCCUUCUAUGCUAAUUACGUCAGCAACAUUACAGCCAUCCGCUGCUUUGGCGUCUACGCUGGCACUGCUAUCCUGGUCAAUUAUGUCCUCAUGGUUACCUGGUUACCAGCUGUAGUGGUUCUUCACGAGAGAUACCUGCUUAAUAUCUUUAUGUGCUUCAGGUCACCACAUCAAACCACAAGCUUUUUCAAGAGCAUGUAUCAGAAUGCCAGCAAGUGCCUGUUUACUCUAUCAGAGUGCUCGCGCGUUUUCUUUGAGAAGGUAUUGCCGUGCAUCGUAAUCAAGCUGCGCUACCUGUGGCUCUUUUGGUUCCUGGUCAUGACUGGUGUUGGAGCGUAUAUCGUCUGUGUAAGCCCUAAAAUAAAACUACCUUCCUUAGAGCUGUCAGAAUUUCAAGUGUUUCGCGCAACACAUCCUUUUGAACGUUAUGAUGCAGAAUACAAAAAACUGUUCAUGUUCGAACGUGUCCAUCAUGGAGAAGAUCUCCACAUGCCCAUCACAAUAAUAUGGGGUGUCAUUCCAAUAGACAGCGGUGAUCCCAUGAACCCCAAAAAUAAAGGCAAACUGACACUCGACACCAGUUUUAACAUCGCCAGCCCUGCCAACCAAGUAUGGAUUCUCAAUUUCUGUCAGAAGCUUAGGAACCAAAGCUUUGUGUUCCAGUCUAAUGAACAAGAUUUCACCAGUUGCUUUAUGGAGACUUUUAAGCAGUGGAUGGAGAACCAAGACUGCGACGAGGCUCGAGUCUACCCGUGCUGCAGUCAGUCCACGUUCCCUUAUAAACAGGACGUUUUUGAGUUGUGCAUCAAGCGAGCUAUUAUGGAGCUGGAUCGCAGCACUGUCUAUCAUUUGGACAGUAAAACUCCAGGGCCAAGAUUUGACAUCAAUGAUACAAUUCGUGCCAUCGUGCUUGAGUUUCACAGUACAUAUCACUUCACCUUAGCGUAUGAAAAAAUGCAUUUGUUUUACCAUGAGGUGGAUUCCUGGAUCCAGGAAGAGUUGAAGAAUGCUCCAGAUGGAUUAAGCUAUGGUUGGUUUGUCAGCAAUUUGGAAUUUUAUGACCUACAGGAUAGUCUGUCUGAUGGAACUCUUAUCGCCAUGGCACUGUCAGUGGCGGUUGCUUUCAGUGUUAUGCUUUUAACUACAUGGAAUGUCAUUAUUAGCCUUUACGCCAUUAUCUCUAUCGCUGGAACUAUUUUUGUAACUGUGGGGUCAUUGGUGCUCUUGGGGUGGGAACUAAAUAUACUAGAGUCUGUUACCAUCUCAGUGGCUGUAGGGCUUUCUGUAGACUUUGCAGUCCAUUAUGGUGUAGCGUACCGGCUUGCUCCAGAGUCUGAUAGGGAAGGGAAGGUGGUUUUUUCAUUGAGUAGAAUGGGUUCAGCCAUUGCCAUGGCAGCACUCACUACGUUUGUUGCUGGAGCGAUGAUGAUGCCAUCCACAGUGCUGGCUUACACCCAGCUAGGCACGUUUCUGAUGCUCAUCAUGUGUAUCAGUUGGGCUUUUUCAACCUUCUUCUUUCAGUGCCUGUGUCGCUGUAUUGGUCCACAGGGCACGUGUGGACAAAUCCCUAUGCCUAAUUUGUUUGCAAAGUGUCAUGAUUUUAAAGCAAGAACUUCUGACUCUUCGGCCACGUACCACGAAGGUAAACCCUGCCAGACGAGCAAGUACCAGUCAGAGACCAGAGGACAGGUGGUAGAGUAUGAGCUUGAGCCAUUAGCAAGUAAUGUUCAAACAGAAUGUAAUCAUUUAACAAGUGAAAGUGCUCCUCAACAUGCAUCAUGUUGUCUGUUGAAAAACAGAACAGAGUGUGUAAAAGAAAAUUCUGUUCCUAAUGGCAUGCCACAAACAGAUCAUGCAUAUCUGCACAGUUGCUCUUAUAAUACAGGUUGUACCUGUUGCCAUCUUUUGUCCCAGCACAAAAUGUGCAGAGAGUGGACCCAUCACCACAACUGUAUACAAGAUAAAGAGUGUCCAUGCCCAGCUUCAGAGUUUGCUUCAACAAGGAAUCAUGUUGCCAAAGAUCAGUGCUUUUUCUCUCCCUUGAUGCACACUACAACCAUCAAUCAUGAUGCCAAAAAUGUCCAGUUUGUUCCUACCCAUUUCCACAAGUGCUCUGAUGCUCCAACACCAAGAAUUAGCUCUCCCAAAAAGCAUGGCUGCUACCUUAGGGAUUGUCAUGUGCACACAUUGCACCAUCAGUCACCGGACCAUCCACCUAAUGAUUCAGGGGCUGAUGGAUCCCGCUUAACCAGUCCAUGUAUACUUCCACCUGAUUCCAUAAAUGCUCAAAUGCUUUCCACACACAGAGACUGCAUGAUUAAUGAUGGAACACACAAAUCAGAAGAUGCAUCAUUUAAUCACAUAAAAAGCAAGGUGGCGAGUUCUUCUCUUUCAGUGCAAGAUUACAGUGAUAAACAUAUAGUGGCUCCCACCAUGUUUGACAGAAGUCUUCAGUGCAAAAAGAACAACAGAACCACAAGCGAAGACUCGCCUAAAAGAGACAAUUACUUAAACGGCACUAUAAAAGUAAACUGCAAGCCAAAAACUAAUGACCCUAAUGGUCAAGUCCUUCCAUUUAACACUUUGACUUUAUCUGAAACUUUAUGCUGAUAAAGCGAAGAGAACAUGAGCUUAUACAUCGCUACUGGACCCAUACAUGGUGUUUCUCUGCAGUUAAAUUGAAUUGUAAACUUAUGCAACUGCUGUUUGUUGUGUGUCCUGUAGAAAUGUACAUUCUUGAAUCAUGAACUUCACAUGGUUCUUAUUGCCCUUUUUUGCUAACGAUUUGCUGUUGAGAUAUUCUCAAAUGAACAUGACCUUAGAUACUGUCAUUUCUGAUAAUGUUACUAACUUGUGUUGAAAUGUAUAAAGUGUUUAUAAGCAAGAUGGAUUAUCUUAUUAACUUGAUGGCGAUUAAAAAGAAAAAAAAAAGACUGUCUGC